UCAAACGUGUUCCAGCCACAUUCAGAACGAUAGGCCCCGGUGAAAAAAUCAGGCCCAGGAUCGGCUAACGCAACGGUGAUGAUGAGGGCUAGCGAAUAUAUUCCGGGGGAGGAAUGCAGUGCUGGUCAGUCAUGCCGCCCUCUUCCGCCACUGGGCUCUUCAUUAGCGAGACAACACCGAUGGUACCGACCCUUACCGACCCGAAUGUAAUUUCUGAGGAGGGGCCUAUCAUUUUGAAUGUGGCUGUCAUUGCAGUUGCCCAGCCCGGCCGAAUUCCCUAUCAAGAAUACCCAAUUUAAACCAUGUGUUCUAAGCGACGCAGGAGUUCUAGGUCUCCAUUGUUCUCAUCAUGCUAUAGCUCUUUCAGCCAACUCCUACCUCUUUGCUCACCUCCUUCCUCGCACGAAGCAGACGAUGCGUUUUCUCCUGCCAGAACUCAUCGACCGCGUCAUCGACCACCUUCACUCCGACAAGGACGUUCUGACAGCCUCGUCCCUCGUCUGUCGUGAGUGGCUCCCCAGGAGUCGAUUCCACCUAUUUCGUUCCAUGCAGCUUAAACUCCCACUUUUCCGUCCCGAGCGGGAAGUUUUCCUGUUCACCAUUAGUCUGGCACGAGUUCGCCCUUAUGUGCGCGAACUUGUGCUGUCCUCGCGCGCCGACGUCGCCGAGGCUGAUAUACAGGCAGUAUUAUUGGAGAUCCUCGUGAAGAAUUUUCCGUCUGUUCACACGAUGACCUUUCAUCGCGUUCGUCUGGUAACAGACAUCGAGAGAAUGGACGCUGUCUGCAAUAGACCUCCCCUCGGUUCCUUGCGCAAACUCGUGAUAUCUGGCCUUUUCGUCACCUGGCAGGAUUUGCGUUAUUUCUUUGCUCUGUUAAAGGUUACAGAAAGUCUCCAAAUAUUGGACAUUGAACUAGCUCCGUUCUGCGACCCUCCGCCUGAAAAACCCCGUCAUCUCGAAAUGAAGUCCCUUACGGUCGAACGUUGCGCCGCAUGCACCCCGUGGGACAUUGCCAAUUGGGUGUUGAACGGUUCAAGUUGUCUGGAGUCGCUGGAUCUCAGGCUACUGUCACCUCUAGCCCAUCCAGAGGAACACGACAGUAUACAAAGUGUACUUGAUGAUUACGGUACCCACCUUCUUCAUCUGCGUCUGGAUUAUGAACCGAUUAUGAACCGCACUGCGAGAUAUUCUUCAAUGUAUUCCGUGCAAGCUUGGCCAGCAUUCGAUUUGACUGUCUGUGCUGCUCUGCAGACAUUGCACCUUCGCCUGACCGACCAUGUAUUUAUACAAGAACAUUUACAUCUCGAGAGGUGGCGGUUCGUUAUCAUUCUCAUUGCGUCUCUCCCUCGGAGCAUUCGCAAGGUCAUACUCGGUUUCCCUGAACCUUUGGAUUGUUUGUUGGUUCGCAAGGUGAUUUGGCUUGAGCUCGCCGAUGCUCUAUCCAAACUCCCAAAUCUCGAGCUUGUGGUGUUCCAAUUGGAAUGCGAGCGACUCGGAGACAAUCGGUCGAUUGCGAAGAGUACGGCGGAGGCUGCACGUUUUAUGCCGGAGCCUUAUUUUGAACCAUUCUUUCUGGAACGUCUCCCACCUCAAGUCCGUCUUGUCAUCAAAUCCGAAGAAUCUGAUGAGGGGAUGUUUAUAGUCUCCGGUACGCAGACCAAUGAUGGAUCUACUGUGGGAGGGAAGGACGACCCGCCGUAGAGUCCUCGCUAGAUCAGCAGCCAUUUCUGUAAGUAUUGCCACUACGUUUAAUUCUGAAUUGUCUUCUUUAUCAGUAUAGUACAUUUGUCUCGUCAACUUUGCUGUAUGUCUACAUUCAAAUAGAUUCACGUAAACUCGGACCCACGAUAACAUUUCUAAGCUUAGCACAAUUCGUCCCGUAGCUGGUGCUCUGAUGUAUGUUAUCCAGCGAUCUAGUUCGAGACACUACUUAUAGUGCACACCGCCGUCAAAUUCUAGUGUCUCCGAUACGCAGUAUCAUUCAGAUUCCCAAUAAAGUCACUAUUGUUCUAUAU